ACUAGUUCAUACAUGAACAUUCUUUCACGCACUUAAUGCUCACUUUAUUUUAUUUUAUUUUUUGCUUUGCAGAAGAAGAAGGGAUUGGACAUGGCAAAGUGAAAGAACAACUUGAUUCACAACCAGUCGAGCAAGGUGGUCAGGAACAGCAUCAAGAAGUCCAAACGCUAGUACAAGCUGAACAAGGUGUCAUAGUCGUGCACGUUGAACAACCGGAAAGCGAUGAAACAUUCCAAGCUCCACCACGAGGUCUUCAGAAUGGUCAAGGCGCAAGAGUUUAUCCUAGGAAGUUGUGCAAUCCCACCUAUAAAUCUAGGUUGUCAACAAUGCGCUUUAGCAAGACAGUGAAAAAGUUCAGUGAGAUUCAAUUAGGGCACAUCAGCAAAUACAAAAUGGAUGGCCUGCUUCACAUGCCAUAUCACCUAAACAUCCCAAUGAAUCUCCUUGAGUGGUUAGAUCAACACAUUUUUGGUGUUACAGAGCCUUGUUUCAAGCACAAGAACAAAGUCAUCAAGAUCACUAAAGACAUGGUAGACAAGAUUUUUGAUUUCCCUGGCGGUACUGUUCCUUUUGUCUUCAGCAGCAAUGAUCCUCAAGUGAAAGCAGAAGUUGCUCAGUUAAGAAGCAAGUAUGUUGAUUAUCGGAACAAGAUGCCUAUCAACAAGAUUGAGGAAGUGAUGCUAACUGACGAGAGUGAAGAUGGUUUCAUCAGGAGCUUCGUUUUCUAUUUCAUAUCAUCUAUACUCUGCCCAGCGUCAUACUAUUUUGGCAACACCAAAUUCCUCUUCUCUCUGAGAGAUGUGUCUGUAAUCCCUUCACUAGACUUUGGCCAAUUAGCAUUGGAUUUUAUGGUUGAAGAAUCAGAACGUCAUUUCGAAAUGAUAAUGAACAGACCAACACUUGAGGAAAUGAACAAGCCUUCCCACAUUGGCGGAUGCCUUCCUAUUUGGGGGAUCAUUUAUCUGGAUUUCGUUGACUUUGAUGUCAUCGAGAAUCACCAGUCAACUGUUGAUUAUUCUCUACCCCGGAUCAGCCACAUUAAGAAUGCAGAUUUCCAAUACCUAGCUUUGGUUGAUAGGAAUUAUGAGUCUAGGAAAGCGUUUGGAGUACUACCAAUAAGACACAUAUCUCAAACACCGUAUGCAAAUGCAGUUCCUAUUGGCAACAUUGCUGAUACUCAACAAGAGAUUUUUUGCAUUCCAAAAACACAAGUCAUUUUUCACAGCAAUGCCCACGAAACAAUCAAUGAAAACAACCCAAUUAACUUGACCACUCCAGAUAUCAAGUCAGCAAGAACAAGUUUCACUCCAAAACAUGAGAUCGAUUGUAAAGUGAAGCCAGAGCUGCAUUCGAAAUCAGAGACCCCUGAUGUACUUCUCACCAAGCAAGAACCCGUUGCACCCAAAGCCGAGAACAAUGUGAAGGUUGAGGAAGAGUUGGACCCAAUAACUGAAAUAAACCAAAGGAGUCUUGUUCUCAUCAGUUCUAGCUUAUCAAAUGAAAGAUUGAAGCAUUACAGUAGCACCCCAAUCAUAAUUGAUGACUCUCCUUUCACCCCUUGUGCACCUACCAGUGAAGAGAGACCAUUUGGUUCAUCUAGGGCCAAUGAUGCACAAGCUGGAUCAAGCAUAGGUCCAAAUACCAUUGAGAAGAAGAAUAGGAAAAAGAGAGCAGCUAAAGUGCAAUCUCCUGAUGAACCAAAGAGGCUGAAAAUCCCUAGAGAGGUGGAUUUGUUUUUCACCAAAUUUCUGAGGAAGCCAAUCUUCAAAGAAUACACCCUUUUUGUCAACAUUGAGGGAUUUCCCAUUAGUUACGACAACUUCUUCGCUUCAUUCAAGUCAAGGGGUGAGAUUAGAGAUGAAGUCAUGGAUUCACUCAUUCAAACAUUCAACUUGGAAGCAAAGACUUCAUGUCAGAUAAAACCUUUUAUUAAAAAAUUCAGUUUCACUUCGCGCUUCACUAAUAAACUGUUAGUUAGCCCUGAAGUUUUUGACCCAGUAAGCUGCAAAACAGAGUUUGACAGAGUAAAUUGAGAAGAAAGUCUAUGGAAAAAGGAUUUGUUGUUUUUCCCCACUAUCAAGUCAAACCACUGGGUAAUUGCUUGUAUGAACUCUCUAUUUGAGAGGACUCACUUCUUUGACCCAUGUGGUACAAUCCAGGAAAAUGCUCAACAACAAAUUGUCCACAACUUGGUUUCCAACUACAACUUGCUUUGCAAACUCAGUAAUAAGCCUUUCAAGAAUGUCUUCAACUUCAAGCUUCAAGCUGUGGGACACUAUCCAACAAACUGUCUGAUGCAUGACUCAGGUCACUACCUCCCCCUUUACAUGGACAACUUUGAAGGCAAAGUCAUGAAAAGCUUCAGCACGAUAUUUUUUUGUUUGUCCCAACUGUCUGAUGUAUAUUUUUACAAAAAUUUAGCGUACUGAAAACGAACUAGGAAAUCUUUUUUUUAUUUUUGCAGCACCUUUUAAUUGAAAAAAUACACAGAAUGAAUCUAUGCACGUUUAUUUAAUUUUAAUUUAUAAACAUUUUUUAAGCUGACAAGAAGUACUUGUUAUGCUAAAUCUAUAUAAUUAUUGAACAUUUUUUGAUCCCCUUCUUACAAUGCAAGAAGGAGAAUGUACUUUUAUUUUUCAGUACAUACACCUAUUCAUUUUAUGUCUUUUUAAUACAGUUUUUCCCAUGCAUUUUAACUUCAAGACCACCCUUUUUUUGUCUACACAGGAGAAUGUACCCAAGCAAAGAAUGAUAUCAGCCUAUCGUCUCUUCAAAAGCACGCUCAACAUGAUAAAGGACGAGGAUCUGCCAACCUCCCAGUGAACAUCUUUUCUUUAGAUUGAAGAGCUUUUUUUUGGAAGGGAGACAUGAACUAUAGUUUUGUAGAGGAGUGUGAUUUUAUCUAAGACGUGAUACAUAUGAAAACCAAUUCUGUGUAAUGGUUCUCCUAGGAGAUUUUUGCUUCUAA